AUGGCCAGCCUAGACAUUCCACACGAAACACUAGUAAAACUCAAGGACAAAAUCAUUCUGAUUACAGGCGGUUCCUCGGGCAUCGGCCGCGCAACUGUCGAGUUAUGUCUCCAGCUAGGAGCAAAAGCCGUCAUCGGAGACCUCAGCCCCCCUCCAUCUGACUUGUCAAGCACCGAGAAUCUGAAGUUCGUAAAAGCAGACACCAGCUCCUGGGACAGCCUACGAAAUCUGUUCAACGAAGCCGUCAAGACAUUCGGUCGAAUAGACCACGUCUUCGCAAACGCCGGCAUCGCCCCAAGAACAAACUUUCUGGAUGAAUCACUCGACGAAAACGGAGAGCUCGCGCCCCCAGACCUGAAGGUGCUCAAAGUUAACCUGAUUGGAGCGAUAUACACGACCAGACUGGCAGUUCAUCAUUUCCGGAAGUUCGCAGAACAGCACAACGGGAUUGCCACCGGAAGUGUUGUCUUCACGGCUUCCGCGUCGUCGUUCCAGACCUUUGGCGCUCCUGAUUAUGCCACGGCGAAGCAUGGUGUCUUGGGGCUUAUGCGUAGCUUGGUCGGUCAACUGCCCGGGAAUGUUCGUGUCAACGGUAUUGCACCGUCGUGGACGACGACAGGUCUUGUUUCUGCUGACUUCCUUGCGUCGUUGGAAAGGGUCAAAAGGCCACGGAGUACUCCGUACCAUAGAUCUGGGUUGUUAGAGUCUCCACAAUUCUGUAACAUUGGAGCGCCUCUUCGCAGUGCUGCCCCACAUGCUCUACUAGGACUGCGGAUGCUUGUUCACUCCUGUCUCAAGGGAAUUAUUCCCAAGGUUUAA